UCAGAGGAAGUUGAAAUAUUUGAUGAUUCUUCUGAUGAAAAUGAUAAAUCGGUAUUGAAAAUUUAUUGUGGUCAAACUUUUCAAACAUGGAAUGAUGCUGAAGUGUUUUUAAAAAAUUAUGGAUUGGAGCAAGGUUUCAGCAUUCGGAAAAAACGUACUGAAUCUUUUCUUGAGGAUGAUAUGCUUGACAAAGAAGCCGAAUUUGCUUGUGUAGAAGAAUAUAAACAUCAAAUACCAACGGUUGGACUUGCGACUAUACCAAAGACCCUUUUUAAAUCUUUGGAUACUAUUGUGAGUAAAUAUCUUAUGGAUUCAAUAUCAGUACAUAUUCGUAAACAGAUGCAAGAGUGUUUUUUUUACGAUGCUUAUAAGCUUGAUCAUAAUGACUGGAACUCCAUUAAAAAGAUACACUUAGAUGAUAAUGUAAAUGACGGAGCACAUGAAGAUGAUUAUGAACUCGCGCAAAGUUUAUUAACUGAUAUUUUGGAGACAAUUGAAACUUCAGAUGUUCUUGAGAUUUGGCAGAUCCUGAUUACCAAUCCUAUGAUUUCUCCUCGAAAAGGAAGACCGCCUGGUAGAGCAAAAAGCUCAAUAGAACUUCAAGAAUUACAAACAAGAAAACGUCAGUGCUUGUCGAAUAAUGAUGAUAGCAUUCAAUUACCUGCUAAUAACGAUAAUAAGGAUCUGCAAUCUAGUGAACCAAUUCAUGAUAAUAGAAGGCGAUGUCAAAGAUGUGGACAAAAAG